AUGACCAGACCAAACCAGACCAGGGACCAGACCAGACCAGACCAGGGACCAGACCAGACCAGGAACCAGACCAGGGACCAGACCAGACCAGACCAGACCAGGGACCCGACCAGACCAGACCGGACCAGGGACCAGACCAGACCAGGGACCAGACCAGGGACCAGACCAGGGACCAGACCAGACCAGACCAGGGACCAGACCAGACCAGACCAGGGACCAGACCAGACCAGACCAGACCAGGGACCAGACCAGACCAGGGACCAGACCAGACCAGGAACCAGACCAGGGACCAGACCAGACCAGACCAGGGACCAGACCAGACCAGACCAGGGACCAGACCAGACCAGACCAGGGACCAGACCAGGGACCAGACCAGGGACCAGACCAGACCAGGGACCAGACCAGGGACCAGACCAGACCAGGGACCAGACCAGGGACCAGACCAGGGACCAGACCAGGGACCAGACCAGACCAGACCAGGGACCAGACCAGACCAGACCAGGGACCAGACCAGACCAGGGACCAGACCAGACCAAGGACCAGACCAGACCAGACCAGACCAGGGACCAGACCAGACCAGACCAGGGACCAGACCAGACCAAGGACCAGACCAGACCAGACCGGACCAGACCAGACCAGACCAGGGACCAGACCGACCAGGGACCAGACCAGGGACCAGACCAGACCGGACCAGACCAGACGGGACCAGACCAGACCACCAGGGACCAGACCAGGGACCAGACCAGACCAGACGGGACCAGACCAGACCAGGGACCAGACCAGACCAGACCAGGGACCAGACCAGACCAGACCAGACCAGACCAGAUGAGCUCUUCCUUUUAA